AUGGUGGAGAGGUUUAAUCGAACACUGUUAGACUAUCUUGCUAAAUACGUCGAUAGCCAGCAAAGAAAUUGGGACCUCCAUCUUCAAACAGCCCUCCUUGCUUAUCGCUCCGCAGAACAUGAAGCAACAGAUUUCUCACCGGCAUACCUUAACCUUGGACGAGAAGUUAAGCUUCCAGUAGAUCUUGCUUUUGGCUCCCCUAACACCACAGACUUGGGCCCUCCUAUUUAUGCACUGGAAUUGAGACAACGUUUGCAAAAAUCACAUGCAAUUGUUCGCAAGAAUCUAAACUUAGCGGCAGACUCAAUGAAAACUAGGUACGAUAUUAAAAAACUCCCAAUUCAUUUUCUUGCAGGUGAAGAAGCAUGGUUCUACAAUCCAAAACGCAGAAGAGGGAUAUCGCCUAAGCUACAGAGUGACUUGGAGAGCCCAAUUCGAAUCAUAUCGCCGCUAUCUGAAUUGGUGUACCGGAUCCAGUGCAAGGGCAGUAAAAAAACAAGAGUCAUCCACGUGGACCGUUUGGCCCCUUUUAAACCUAGACCAGAACUCAGCAGGAGCCAGAGUCCUAAGGAUGGAGCAAUGUGA